AACAGAUAGAGCAAGCAGGAUUACCUCAUUUACAUACGUUUCAUGUAAAUACCUGUAUCGUUAAUCAACCUUUCAAACGAGUUCACGGUGGAAGAACACGCUUUUGACAGCUCAAAGCUGCACGAAUAUCUGAGAGAAAACUUGGCGGACUUCCCGCCUGAAGAAGGAGAACUAAAAGUCUUCAAGUUCAGGUGAGACCGAUCGAUUGCAAGACGCAUGAGACGCUCGAUAUACGAGAUUUCAAGAGAUUAUGUCUUUUUUUGUGCGAGUCGCAUGGUUUAAACUUCCAAUUGUAUUUUACAUAUGAUCAGAAUACAUUCUUAAGUAUCCCUGAUCAAAAUUUUUCGGCAAAUGUUUCUCAUCAUGCUCACGCUUCGAAAAUUACUUUCUUUAAAUUACAUUUGCAUGCAUAAAAAUUAUCUCUCUGACGGUGACCUUUGUUGAAUAAAUCGUCCUAAUUCAAUUGUGCACUACGGUUUGGUCUUUGAACAAAGCCCUCAAAAACAGUAACCGUAUUUUAUUACCUCAUGGUUACUCAUUUUCAUUAACAGAUUUCCUAGUUGCCGGAUUUAAAGUUUUAGCUUGAAUUCAAGCUUAUGAAGUUUACCCUCGGCUGAUAUCACCAAUGUUGCCCAUAAAUUUAUUUUUCGGGGUACUUACGUCUAAGAAAAAUUAGAUCAGAACUGUUUUCUUUUUGCUGAUUAUUUGAUUUGACGUUCCCACUUUUGUUUCUCCGCAAUGUUUUCUCAAGUCUCCGUGUGGUCACGAAAUUGUGGAGAAGGGGCAUUGAGUGACGACACAAUAUUAGCUAAUAUUUGAUUAAAAACAGACAAUGUCACGCUAUUUGUUACCUUUUUAAAUGCUAAAACUUUACUUCAUAUCAAUUGCAUCCCAAAAAAAUAGUCCAGUUUUGAUAUUAAAAUAUUAUAUUCAGGUAUUCUUUUUAAAACGUCUUCUGUCAGUCGGUUGCAAUGCAUGGCAAGUGAUGGACAUGGAUUGAAACUUAAAAAAGCUCAGCCAACUUUUUCAACUUUUAAUGCCUUGCCUGCAAAAAUUACCAAAAUAAUGAACAAAUAUUGGGCGGGGUUGAGCAAAAUCUUGUGAUUUGUCAGAGGCGAGCACUAGAUCGGCUGAGGCAAAUAAUUGAUCUGCGAGACAAUGACAAAUCACCAUAUUUUGCGAUAACCGAAUUCAAUAACUGUUAUCAUUCAGUCACCGAGUUUGCUUUUUUAAUAAAUAUCUUCGGGAAACUACCAUUUUCACGCAAGAGCGAUCGCAAGAAGCAGAAUAUUGUCUGCAGUCAAACACAGUUGGACGACAUUGCGCAUGAGCAGACCAUUAUUUGUAGGCAGUUAUUUGCAGGUCACAUGGUGGGAUCUCUGCCAAUGAAAAGGAAGAAAAAUAUUUAUGAUAAUUAUUAUGGUCAGUGCUCCCUGAUGAAAUUUGUUUGAUCAACAAGAUCAUCAUGAGCCCCAGUCAUGAUCUCAGGCACCCACUACUUCACAUGCAUGAGCGAAACCAAAUACUAAUGAGGAAAAGCCAUAAAUUGGUCAUUUGUAGCUUCUUCGUAUCCUGCUCGGCUUCUUCGUUUGAAUUGAGAGAAGGGGAGCAAAAAAUCACGAAGAGACGGCAUGUAAAAACAUGGAGGAGGGGAAGUGGUGGAAUAGAGUAGCAUAAGGUUCGGCUCAUGUAAAGUGCGGCAUUUGACACUGCCAAAGGAUAAUAAUAAAAAUCUUUAUUUUAAGAGGGUGACACCUAUUACUACCUAUGAAGACAAAAAUAGUAUUCUCCCUAGUGGCCCUCUAAAAACAAAAUUGAUAACAAUAAAAUUACAUUAAUCAUGAUAAAAAGCCUAUUUGCCACUUGUUUAUUGAUGAUGAUCAUAAUAAUAAUACUGUAAUAAUAAUAACAAUAAUAAUAAUAAUAAUUUUUAACCAGGAGACUGUUCACCAGGGUGAUUUUCAGAGAGGUCCUGAAAAUAGAAAAUAUAAUAAGGUAAAAAGAAUUAAAACGAUAAAAAGCCACAAAAAAUUCCCUACACUAAGCAAACAUAAAGGAUCACAAAGAACUAUUGAAAAGGUUAUAAAAUUAGCGCUAAAAAGUCACAAAGUCAUUUGAUUUUCUAAAAAGAUAUAAAACUGUUCAGAGUUUAACAACACUGAAAAUAAUUAUAAAAAUUACUCGAGGUUAUUUGAUUUUCUUAAGCACAGAUCUAGACUGUUUCAGUCGUUAGCAGCUUGAUAAUGGGUCCUUUGUUUUCCCCAGUUUCUUCUUACACGGGGCAGUCUCAAGUUAUCUUCGUGUCGUGUAUCGUUGCCGUGCACAUCUUUAUUUACCAAUAGAUCCAUACUGUGGGCUGAGAUCUCAUUAACACAUUUAUAAACGUAAAGGCAACGAUUAAAAAGUCUGCGUUUCUCCAAGGUUAACCAACCAAGGGCUUCAAACGCGUCGGUAGCAGAUGAAUGAAAAGGGCGGUCUGAUAUCGUUUUGGCAGCCUUGUUCUGCAGGAGUGGUAAAUUGUUCAUGAGAACAGCAUUGCCCCUAUCCCCCCAAACAGUGUCGGCAUAAUCAAACAUCAGGACAAUAAGACUGUUAAAGAAAAGAAUACGCGCACUACGUGGAAGCAAACUCUUAAUUCUCCUUAAACGUCCUACGCGUUGCAAUUGAUUCGUGGAAACAUAUUCAAUAUGCUUCGUCCAGGUAAAAUUUGAGGACGAAAAUACACCCAAGCACUUAAAGUGUCCAAUGCCCUCAACUUGUUUGUCACAUACUUAGAGAGAUAUAGCGGUGGCAGCACGCAAUUUGCGAUCGCUGCCGAUUAGCAUGGUUUUGGUCUUCUCUAUGUUAAGUGUAAGCUUGCUUCGAUUGAGCCAAGGAGCUAUUCUCGACAGAUCUUCAUUAAGAGCAUUCUCGAGAUCUUUUAUGUUAGAGGAGUAGCAGUACAAAACAGUAUCGUCGGCAUAAAGGGUUACACUACAGUGAUUGACAGCAGUAGGCAAGUCAUUUAUGUAAACAACGAAAAGUAGGGGCCCUAGGAUGCUCCCUUGUGGUACACCAUAGGUAACCGGUAGAGGAUCGGAGAUCUCUUUGCCGCAUGAGGUGCGCUGCUUCCUAUGACUGUGGCAGGAUUGAAACCACUGAACGGCUUUAGGAGUUAUAUCCCAAGGAAGAUAACUUGGCGAGCAGGAUACUGUGAUCCACAGUAUCGAAAGCCUUUGUUUUGCAAUGCUUGCGUUUCAACUGAUAUGAUUAACAACUGGGCUCCUGGUUAAAGGGGGCACUCAUUGUAAAAAUCCAAAUCGUUCAAACUGAACUUUGUUAUGAAUCUGUGUUGAUUAUGUUCUUGCAGUGCUGGAACUUCAAAUCCUACCUUUCUUCUUCGAAAGAAUGGCAAAGAAUUCGUGUUGAGGCACAAAUCACCAGUUGAAAUAUAUGUUGGAUACCACAAGGUCAGUUGAGUUGCUGUUUCAAGUUCUCAAAUCACAUUUCUAGUUGGAAGACGGUCGAGGUGAUUAGUCAGGGAGUGAGGUACUCCAUAAAGGACGGAAAAAAGCGGUUCAGUACAUACCUCAUAGUGACACAGUGUAAAAAGUAUCAAGGCCUAGCCUUAUUUAAUGCAAUUUAGGUGUAAGCGGAUAAUAUAAACCGAGACCUCCGAAACUCUAAGUGUAAAAUAAGAAAGAUGUUAAACUUGACAAAGAAGAGAAAAUAAUGAAUUUUUCACCAUGUCUGUGUGGGACAAAGAAAGGAAAAAGACAACAUUACUUCCCAGAUUACAGUGGGGCGCUCAACCACUGUACGAACUAAUCAGGGGAUGUCAGUACGAACUAACCUACCGGGCUAACCUGCUAUCAGGGGUGGUUCUUGUUCCCUUAUUUCUUUCUUUUUUUUCCUUCUCUGUUUUCCCCUUUGCCCGUCCACUGACUUUUCGUGUUCCCGUCACUUCUCAAAGAAAACUGGAAGGGGGAACGGCCCUGAUCACAGGCUUAGUACGAACAGACUUUCUCGAACAUGGCACUUUACCACAGUUUCAGUAGGCCAUGUUACUAUUACGAAUAAAACCCGUUUCGUUUUUAAUUUAUAUUUCAAUUUAGUAAUUUCGACGAGGUUGCCCUAAUUUGCACAAAUCAGAAGGAUUCUGGUAUUAGUAGAAAAUGACGUCAUCAUGUGAACGGCCCAUUGUGACACGCGUUCUGCAUAGUGCAUAAUUACAACAAAUCGAUAGUGGCCUUUUUCCCGGGCAAAAAAGAAUGGAUUUAAUAUCGUAAUGUUUAUAAUUUAACAGGUUGAUGUGGAAUACAAAAUCAUGUCUGCCCUCAGUGGUGCUUCUGUUCCGGUUCCUAAAAUGUACCUAUUCUGCGAGGACAAGACAGUUAUGGGCCAAGAGUUUUACGUAAUGGAAUAUAUCAAGGUACAACUUUCGACUUUCGACUUUCAAUUGUUAUAUCGCCAAAUCUGAAAAGAGGUCGUUAACAAUGAUAAUUGAUAAGAACAUUUCCCUCUUCUUUCUCAAAAUGGCUCGGUGUAGUCGUUCAGAGUUAGUGUUUACGCUCCUACUAUCUACCUCGCCAUGUAGCUAUAUUAAAGGCAAGGGUUACCAUAAUUUCCCACCCUAGUUGUGGUAAUAGCGUUAUCUUUCUAUUCGGUAUGGUAUUGCCGUUUUUCCGACGAGCUCGGGUGACUUGCCCUUACUUGUACACGAGAAGAGUUAUCGUAAGGUCUCCGGUUUUCAAUUAUCUACGAACUUUUACAAGGAGACAAAGAACGGCCUCAUGGCAAACUAACAUGCAAAUUAAUCUGAUUUUUUCUUAGGGUCGUCAGUUCCCGGAUGCCAACCUUCCAGGCGUCCCUGCUGACCAAACUAGGGCUAUCUUUGAGGCUGCAAUUAGAACUUUGGUACAACUUCAAACUGUGAACACAGACGGACUUCAUCUGGAGGGACUUGGUGACAAAGAGAACUACUUCCAAGCAAGGGUACAUAAUCGGAAGGGUUUUAAUCUAAAGAAUAAAAAUAAUUUUUACAAGACCAAAGAUGCUAAACAGAACAAUAGUAUCACAUAGGAGCAAGCGGUCACUAGCUGGAGAAAACCAGCAAACUCAGUUGAUCUUUAUAUUCUCAUAUCCAAACCGGAAAUGUUUUUUCAAAGUUAACAAGCUUCUCUUGGUUUGUUUCAAAAAGAAGUAGGGGGCAUGGCUAGUAGACAUGGCUGGUAUGAAAACAAAAAUAAACGUCAUUUUUUCCACUGCUUUUUCCAGCUCGAAAAGCUCUACGAAGGAUACAAACGAACCGAAAGGAAGGCAGUUCCAAAGGCUCAUCAAUUAAUGGAAUGGCUAAAAAAUAACUUACCAAAGGAAAACAGGAAACCCGGUACGUAAAACAUGAUCAAGAUUUAAAUACUUUAUAAAAUCAUGUAAAGAAUUGAAAUCAGAUUUAAGAUGAUAAAUCUUGGUUUGAUGUAACCCUCCCUCGUCAACGUGCGCUGAUGAUGUUUAGUCUAUAGACGUUGCAAUCUCGUGAGAAUAUUCUCACCUAUCAGAUGAAAGCCAUUUCGUUUCUUCCGUUUGCUUCUUAAAGCUUUCAGCGCGCGUGGUAGAUGGUUUCAGUCAAGAUGGCCUCCACGUCGACAUUCUGGAGAAAGUGCAAAAAAAGAAUCAUUACAGUAAUAGCUUUCCUUGAGUAAACUAUAGCUAAAACUAUAAAGGAACUAAUGAAGGCCACUAAAAUAAUUAUCAUGAUUUGAAAGAUAGUUGAAAAGUUCCUAGUUGGUGAGAAGUGUAAGUUAAUUUAGAAUUUUAUAUUUACGUAAAAGGUACGAGACCCGAAACGGUAACAGUCUCUUCAGAAAAAAAAAUGGUCGAAGCUGGUUGUCUUAAUUGUUAUAGUUUAUUUGAUUUCAGUUAUUUUCCACGCCGAUUACAGAAUUUCAAAUAUGAUAUUUAAGGAAGACGAGGUGGGCUUAAGAUUUAUCUUUGUAUGCAAAUCAGAUUAAUAAGCUAUUACGCGGGAUAAGAGAUAGAGAAGAGUAGUCUAUCCUUCUGAGCAGUCCUGAUACCCCAAAUAGUGCCUUUCCCCUCGAAGGAGAAACGACACUGAUAUCCCUUAAAAUAGGGGUUGAUCGAAUUGAGGGACAAAACAACACACUUUUUUUUCCUAAAGUAACCUAGAGAGACGUUUUUUUCCUCCGGAGGAAAUUAAGAAAUGAAUAAGUUAAAGUGAAGUUGCAAAAGAGAAUACCUAUAGCUACUUUACGCCGUCAUCAACGUUACGUGUCAUCCCUACAUGUACAUACAUGCACUCAUUCCUAAGAGGCUGUUUUGUUUCUCUAGAUUCAAGAACAUUGUUCUCGCGGCUUCACGUACUAACGCGCUUAAGUCCCGCUAGUUUACUGCAAGCUAGGUGUGUAGAGUGAGUUUUGAGUAUUUUCCCUCUCGUUUAAGCCCCAGAUUCUGGCCGUUAUAGACUGGGAAGCAGCUUCUUGGGGACAUCCAUAUGAAGACCUAGCCUAUUUUUGUUUUCCGUUUCACUUUCCUGCUGAAUUGGAGGUCUUACCUACGGGAAAAGUAGGUAGGUGUCCUCGCUGAUUUGAAUUUUGGACUUAACAAGCAAUGUUGUCUCAGUGCGACCUUUGUUAUCCCCGACCGUUCUGCUUCUUUUCAAAAAUCUUUGCCCUGAUCACAUUAAAAUGUUAGAACUAACCUUUUUCACGUGACGAAACAGAACACACAGAAGCUUAGUCGACGAGGAGAUCCCAGGAUUUUUAACUGAUAUCAUUAAUACACAAGGCAGUCAACUAAAAAUCACUCCACUAACAUUGUUUGUUCAACCAACUAUCUUCUAUGAAGUCCAAAACGCAGUAAUUUUUGACUUUAUCCCAGGCUACUACUCAGAAGGAAUUCCCAGUGAGGAGUCACUACUCUCGCUGUACUGUCAGCUUUCUGGUGAAACACUUCCGCUGCCAGACUGGACAUUUUUCCUGGGUUUGACGCUUUUCCGUGUCAUCGUAAAUAUCCAGGUGGGUGUAAGAAAGAAAAAACAAAUAGAGGAAACAGAUGUUUUCUUUACAAAAGAUGAUCCGCAGGAAAUGCUUACUGCAACUAGAGGCAACCAUUCAUUUCACUCUUUCACUCUUGGGAUUUGAAAACAACUGUGAAGUGAAAAGUGGUACCUCAAGGUUCUUUUAUGUGACCUGAGGUCGAGUCUCAUAGUGUCGACUGAACACGUUUCCAUCCGCGACACUUGCCCUUUAGCUGCGCUGUUUUCUUAGAGCCCUUUCCAAAAGUCAGGACUGGCCGGCCGGACCACCGGUCAUUUUGUAAAUGAAAUGGCUUUUCUUGAGAGUUUUCGCCAAAAACCUAUCACUUCCAUGAUAUAUGAUAUUUAGGAAUAGACUGAUCUGGCUGAACAGUUCUGAUUUAUGGUGAAAUUCUCUUUACGACUGGACUGGACUACCUGUCCAAUUAAUUUAACUUAUGGCAAGCGCCCUUAGUCAUAAAAUCUUGCACCACAUGUACAUUACCCAUGCACAAAUGGCACUGGCGUAGGGUAGGGUGGGGGACACAGGGAGACAGUCAGCUGAUGCACAUACGAAUGAAGCACACGCUUUUUUAAUGUGGCCAAAACUACUGUCGAGGUCAUCAGUGCUGACCCAAAGCUGACUGUAUUCUUUGACGUACUCUGUAACUGCUUAAAUAUAAUACAUCCACAAAGUGUUAAAUUCUCUAUCAUUUCCUUACUUUUUCAGACCGUGCUAGCCCAGCUUACUGAUAGCCCCGUUCCAUUCCCUUUCCCUGUCGAGAGUAUAGCUAAUAUGCUUGAACCACUGGCAGACUACGCCUGCAAUUUCGUAGGAGUUAAAUAAGAUCCGUCAGAUGGGAUGGUUCGUGUAUCAUACACCGAAGGCAAGCCUGGCUAAGCGUAAAACAAACUUCAAAAAAAUUAUUCCUCAUUUUUAUGAUUUCUGCUGCUGAUUUCCAUGGAGACUAACGCAGAGAACGCUAAAACCAAAGCCAAAGUUAAGAAGUGAUCCUGAUCUCAGCAAGGAAACAAGGGACGGAGAUUACUUGACUACGCAUGCACGACGGUUCAAAGCGACCAAGUUAAUAGCAAUCAGAUAAUUUUCAUUAAUCAGCUAAGUUUUGUUUUCGUGAUCAAAGUAUUGUCGGCCGAUUCUCGGUGAGAGUACCUGUGAAUUCAUUACCCUCUUGGCUCUUCACAUUUUCAUACCCGAACAAGUCACUGAAAAGCUGUGUUCAAAGAUGCAUUUUAUUUAUCCAUAAUUCUAAGGUAGGAAGUCUACGUAAAAGUUUUUCAAUUGUUGCGAUGAUUACAUUGUAUAG